AUGCCAAAGCGGAGUGCAGCCCAUGGCAUCCAUGGAAAUGGCGAUGGUGAAGCGGCUUGCAUUGCAAUUUCCAAGUGUCCAAGAGUCAAUGACUCCAGGCCAUGGCUCAUGUUCAUUGACUCUGAUUGUGAUGAUGACCCGGUUAUCAUCCCUGUGGACAGCAGCGACGAGGACAGUGACCUAGACAUGUCUGGAGAUAAAAUGAUGGCCACAGAAAGCCACAUAUCUUCUCCGGGAUCUGUCACUGAUGUUACUGAUACUGAAACUACUGCUGUCUCUCCCAAAGGAAACAAUGAGCAGGACCAGGAUACAAUUGUGGAAGAAAGAGGUUUACCCGGCUCGCCCCAAGAUUCCCACAACGAGAGUGAGUGGUGGAUUCCUACCAGUGAAGAAGAAGCCGUGGAAGCCUACAACGCCAACGCCAACGCGCAUGGGAAUGACGAAGAUGUGGCUUUUGAGGGUGCUCGAUUUCUUGUGGCUUCCCAAGGGCUUCCAGUUCCAAGACAUGCUCAACCCCACAAUGUCGAUGUGAUCCCGCAGACACCUCCAGAAUUGCAUCGGCCCACCACCGCCAUCACCAGAAGGUCACCGUGGAACAACCCGGACCCGAAGGUCAUCAUUUAUGACUUUGGCAAGGAGGAGGGAAAGAAGAAAUAUCUUUAG